AUGAAAACACAAAAAACGAGAGGAGCCACACCGACCUCUCCAUCCUGCCGACGGAAGUCUUGCUUUACCUUACGAGGUAAAAAGAAAGAUGGGGUUAUCCAAGGCAAGCUGCGCAUACGAUCCAUACCUGGAGCCUUUCUGGUGUUGGGGAUCAUUGUGGUGGUUGUUGGCACUGCCCUGGCCGUGGCAGGAUACUGGCCCUACAGAGUGUCCCACUCAUCCGUCCUGGGGCCUGCAGAGAGGGGGGGCAUCACUAACUCACAGACAUCUGGGUUGAGGCUAGGCAGUAAAAGCUUUCUCUCUACAGCCAGCCUCAUCCACAGCGAGCGGAUGAAGCUUCUGGGCCCUGUAAUUAUGGGAGUGGGACUCUUCAUCCUCAUUUGUGCAAACACAGUUCUUUAUGAGAACCGCGACAGGGAGACUCAAAUGCUAUUGGCCCAAAUGCGCAGUGUUAUCUGUUCUGUUUCAGCAGCCGUGCCCUCGACCAACCUUUCUGAAAUGGCAGCUGCCAACUCAAUGGCUCGACACUACCAGUGGGUAAGCAGUUUACCAGCUGCCCACCUCAACAUCCUCUGCCUGCCGCAGCUGGCCAGCUCUGAGCCCCUGCUCCGUAGAGAAGCCAGAGAGCAAGAAGAAAGGGCCGACGGUAUCUACCAGCAAGCAGUCCUGCAAACGGAGGCACUCCACCACCAGGAGUCUACCUCACCCUUGUCACUCCAAUCCUCUCACUCAUCCAACUCCUGUAAUUCCAGCAAGACCGACUUUAACACAUGGUCUUGUGCUGAACCUGAGCAGAGAGCCAGUCUCAUCCCCCAGCUCCCACUGCCCUUCAAGCCCACCAACCUCUUGGUUUCAGCCAGUUCUAUGUCCACUCUCGAAGGAGAUGACUGGGGGGUCCCCAUUACCCAGAUCAGGCGUUGCCACAGUAUGAGCUACAGGACUAACACUCACAUGCCCCCAAACACCCUUCAUCUGGGGGAAGGUCCCUUAAGACCCAACAGGGAGGGUCAGAUAGUUCAACUCAAGCCUGUGAAGAGAGACAGUCUGCAAGUUUGUAUGACUAUGCCAGGGCAGGCUGCAGAUCAACCAGAGCUCACGCCCGUGGAAGAGCAAACCCAUCGCAGCUGGCCUCGGCUGGACUUUGGCUGUGGAAGAAAGUACUUUAAGCUGGAGAACAAAGAGGACUCGAUCGACAAGUUGCUAGAGAAAAUGGAACAACAGUGUUCCCAGUGGGAUAAAAGUUUUGGUUCAGGGCCUUUCCAGUGA